AUGCCCACCGCUAGCGCCUCCAUGGCCGCCGCCGCCUCCUGCCGGAGCCCGCUCGUCUGGUUCUUCUCCCUCGCCGCCGCGCUCUUCUUCGCUUCCUGGUACCUCCUCCUCGACUCCGCCGCCGCCCCGGCCGCGCUCGAUGCCCGCCGCCAGGGCCUCCGCCCGGCCUCUCCAGGCAGAAAAUGCGAUCCGGAUAAGGCGCUGCUGCGCGUCUACAUGUACGACCUGCCCCUUGAGUUCCACUUCGGCAUGCUCGACUGGGAGCCCGGGAGCGGCGGUGGCGGCCUUUGGCCGGAUGUCAGGCACGGCGUGCCGGAGUACCCCGGAGGGCUCAACCUGCAGCACAGCAUCGAGUACUGGCUCACGCUGGACCUCCUCGCCUCCGAGCAGGGCGCGCCCACGCCGUGCAACGCCGUCCGGGUGCGCGACCCCGCCAGGGCCGACGUCGUCUUCGUGCCCUUCUUCGCCUCCCUCAGCUUCAACCGCCACUCCAAGGUCGUGCCGCCCGCGCGGACCAGCGAGGACCGGGCGCUGCAGCGGAGGCUGAUCGAGUUCCUCGCCGCGCGGCCCGAGUGGCGGAGGUCCGGCGGAAGGGACCACGUCGUGCUCGCGCACCACCCCAACGGGAUGCUCGACGCGCGCUACAAGCUCUGGCCCUGCGUCUUCGUGCUCUGCGACUUCGGGAGGUACCCACACAGCGUGGCCAACAUCGACAAGGACGUCAUCGCCCCGUACCGCCAUGUCGUCGACAACUUCUUCAAUGACUCCACCGGCUACCACGACCGGCCGACCUUACUCUACUUCCAAGGCGCCAUUUACAGGAAAGAUGGUGGUUUCAUCCGACAGGAACUUUACUAUCUUCUCAAAGAUGAGAAAGAUGUGCACUUCUCAUUUGGAAGUGUGGCUGGUAAUGGGAUUGAGGAAUCGACACGGGGUAUGAGGGCAUCCAAAUUCUGCCUCAACAUUGCAGGGGAUACGCCAUCCUCCAACCGUCUAUUCGAUUCCAUAGUCAGUCACUGUGUGCCCGUCAUUAUCAGCGAUGAGAUUGAACUCCCAUUUGAAGAUAUCCUUGACUACUCCAAGUUCUGCAUCAUAGUGCGUGGUGCAGAUGCUGUCAAGAAGGGCUUUCUGAUAAAUCUGAUCAAAGGGGUAAGCCCAGAAGAGUGGACAAGCAUGUGGAACAAACUGAGGGAGGUAGAAGGGCACUUUGAAUACCAGUACCCAUCUCAGCCUGACGAUGCUGUCCAGAUGAUCUGGAAGACCAUAGCUCGAAAGGUGCCCUCAAUUCGGCUGAAGGUCAACAGAUUACAAAGAUUUUCUCGGUCUGAAGCUAACAAAACAAACGAUUCUCCAGCAAGAUCUUCCUGGCUAGAAAAUCAAACUCUCCCAGCUGGUUUUCAGUCCUCUGCGAGAGGAGAGUGCCCAUAG